AUGAUACCCUCCCAGUCUCAACCAACGUCCAAACGGAAAGGACACGAUGAUGGAAACCCACUCGCAGCCACAGCAAAGAGACUCAAGAGAGAGACUUCUAACAGGACGGGUCCGUCAAACAAGCGGAAGCUGAACGGCGAGGAGCAACCUGGUGGCCUGGUCAUCAAACGUGCUGUGCCUUCGUAUUCACAGAUAUUGGACUCUGCCGCAUCCUCGUCCUCUCAGAGCUCAGCGCCAUCGCACGCGGCCCCGCGGGCCACUUCUAGCCAGACAAACCAUUCCUCACAUCCUAUCGACGCAUCUAGACAUCCAUCUAAGAGGUUCAAGGCCGAUAGCAGCACAGCCACACUCCCCCAGAGUGCGAAGGGCAAGGAGCGGGAGCUUCAUACGGGCGUGCGCCCGGACCACGAUGUCGAGGAAGAUGUGCGCCGCAUGCAGUCGGAGACAGACAUCCUGCGACGCAAAUCACAGGCAGCAGAGCGCUCUGCUGGGCAUCUGACUUCUGAGAUCCAGUUCGGACCCCCAAGGUCGAGUAGAUCGCACGCGCCGCAGUCCAGCCAGCGAAUACGUGACACUACGCAGCCGCUUUCCCAGCAGGAGACACCGACGAUUGAGCGGAAUCGGUUCAUGAGAGACGGUCCCGGGUCCAGGAGGAAGCGUUCGCUCAGCCGUGGUAAGCGAAUCAGUUCAAGCUAUGAAGCGACUGGUGUAAUCUCAUACCCGCAUACGUCAGUGCCCUCAUCAAGUUUCCACAAGCACAUCGACCAAGAUUUACCGGAGCCUGCACGCGCGCGACAGCUACUGAUUUGGUGCACACACCGCGCCAUGACCGAGUCCCCAGAACAGAGACAGGCGUUAUCGUCUAUCCUGGGAGAGCAGCAGAGACCUGGGAAGGAUCCACCACCGUUAUCGGCGCAGGGCGCGCAGGUGCUCACUCGAGUGGAGGAGAAGAUGAUCCGCUCAUUGGCUGAGAAACGCGUUGACACCAAUGUCUAUGGGGUGGUGGAAUCGGAGGAUACGGCAAAACCGAAGCGGGAGAACGAGCAGAACGUGAAGAACCGAGCGCGCGAGAUUAAAUUCAAUGCCCACAACCAACGGUCGAAAGCUGAGGAGGAUGCUUGGUUAGAGGUGACGAACCACUAUAAUGCAUAUCGCACGGAAGUCCUCGCCGAGCUGGAGAAGUUCGCAUCCACGAGGGUUAAAGGCAAACAACGAGCAUCAGCUGAGGAUGUCGACGAGUGGAAUGUUGAUGAGAAGGCCCUUCCUGCAUACUUCCGAGGGAGCAGGAGCCUUGAUCUAGCUCGCGGUGUCGUCAGUUCUGCGAUAGACAAGGAAGGCAACUUGAGCAGCCGUUUGGACGAUCUAGAGUUCACAAUGGAUCGUCUGCACACGGUCGCGAACUCUGCGCUCGAAACUACACACUUAACAGAAGCAGACCUCGACCGCCGAUUUGCAAUGCUCAAUCUCAGCUCGCGUACCCAGCUAGGGCCCUCCACAGCUCCUCCCGUGGGUGCACUCUCACUAUACUUCCCGCCCAGCCGAUCGCGGCCACCGCCCACUACGGACCCGCAAGAUCUCCUCCGUGCGCUCACCCGCGUGGACGCUGAGCGGCCGCAGGCGCAGGUGGGCGAUGCGGCGCGGCGGGCUGUCAGGGAGGUGCAGCGUGCCGUGGACGCUCCAGGCGUGGCAGAGCGUCGAUUGACGGGUGUGCCUCCGCCAACACCGCGGAAGCCGCCAGGUACGCCUCGCAGAGCUGUGACGCCUGGGAGGGGCAGGUGA